CAGGAAUUAACGAGAGUUUGUUACAUGAUCUAAUUCUCAUGGACCCAGGCUUCCCCUUCUAAUGAUUGCUUGUAGAGGGAGAUCAAAUUAAUUUUCGCCUUGGAUCUGUAAAUAUGUGAAUAGAUAUACUUCUUGAAUUUUACGGCAUCGACAUUAUCCAUAAGUAUGAUUUGUGAUGACGAUUAUUUAAUUUCUUCUUUCUUCACAGCAACUUCAUACCUUGUGUUAUGCAGCAGAGAUAAUAUUACAGUGGUAAUUGGGAGGCAUGCGCUAUCAUCUGUCGACAUUGACAACAUGUAUCUUGCGGAUGGUGCAUGUAAAGCAAGUUACAAUGCAACCCAUGCGUAUGUUACCACGGCAUUGAAUAGAUGUGGAACGAUGUAUUCUGAAACUGACCAAGAAAUGUAUUACAAUAAUACGUUGACAGCGGCUAUUCCAACAUCACCCGGGUCAGUUAUUACAAGGAAACAAUCACUCGCAUUCACUUUUAAAUGUACCUAUAGCCGUUUAGUAAGCGUCAGUGGUUUCAAAUUUGAACCUCCAAAACCAGUAUUAACAGUUGAGGAGAGUAAGUAAUUUGUUUUGACUGUAUAAAGAAGUUCAUAAAUUCUGAAUCGGUGGUGCGCGUCCCCUAUGCUUUAAAGCCUUAAUACUUUAAUGAAAUACUCCUAAACAGUAUUAUACUACAGUAGGAGGAGAUAUAUACUAAAAAAACUAGAUAAUAUUUAUAGGUAUUUACAAGGAAGACUUCAUAAUCACUGUAUGCCUGACAGAUAUAUUAGCUAUUAACAACAACAAUGGCAAAAAGUUAAGCCUGCUACUAUAGCUGCAUGCAAGUUAUUAAGAGCAGGGACUGCCAUAGGUUGGGUUUGGUGAUUUGCUGUGCUUAUAAACUCAUAAAGUACUGUUUUCAUGUCUGCGCUAAUUGCAUGCAACAACUGUUGACCAGUGAGAUGACAGAAAAUUAAAAGUAAUUUGUUUUGACAAUUGCUUCCAUUUAAGGGCAUACACCAACCUCGAUCAAACAAUAAAUUCAAAGUAUAAACCUUCGCGCCCCUUGCGAAUAUAGAAAAACUAUUUCAUUCAAUAACUCGGUGAGUUUUCAAAAUAUUUCCUUCAAACUCAGUCAAACAUUAACUACGAGAGCUGCAAUCAGAACCGAAAUUUUUUUUAGGUGUUUUCAACAAAUUCAAAGGUGCUCUGUAACCUUAAAUAAUCAAGAGAAGUCACACAAAGAGUCCGCGGCAUAUUCUGUGGUUUAAGUUUGUGUUAUACGUACACAUGCACACUCGCUUUAUUUUCGGUGACCGAUUACAUGAAGUAUUAUGCUUACUUAUAUGACUUACUUGCCUAGACUAUUUUUCCAAACAACAAUCGUGAUAUUAAUUUCUCAAUUAUGUUCAAGAUCCUAACUCACUCUGUGAACUUUCCCUGUGCGAGAAAACCAGAGCGCCCGGAGAAAACCCACGACUUUCGGUAGAGCGUUGAUAGACUCUUUUCACAUACACGUGCCAGUGCGAGAAUCGAACCCACUUAAGCUCCAUGUCUAACGCCUGUAUCUAAAAUCUCACUAACACUCAAAGACGGAAGGUUCAAUAUGAGCUCUUCUUGAGUGUCAGUGGUGUUUUUGAAGCUGGAGGGUUAGUGUCGUACCUUACUAUGGGCCUACCACUUAUACCCUCCAGCUAUUUAAAACUGGCACUGACACUAAAGGGAAGCUCAGAUUGAACCUUCACUUUUUGAGUGUGAGUGAGUUUUUAGAAUAAAGGCGUUAGAGUAGAAUGCUUUCUGAGUGACGACCCCUUUGAUGCAUUUAACUGCUAAAAGGCAUUCUCUAUUUUAGGUGAUAUAGGAAACUUUACUGUCAACAUGGAUUCCUUCAAAGACGCUGGUUUCAUUUCAAGCUCUUCCGAGGACUAUCCAGCUUUCAAAAGUUUCGAAGAUCGUAUCAACAUUCAGUAUGGUGUGAGCACCAGCAACACUGAUAUCGUUGUACGAGCUGAAACAUGUCGUGCAACACCAAGUAGCAAGCCUUAUGAUACACCUCAAUAUGAAUUCAUCUCUGAAGCGUGAGUCAUUUUUGGAUUUCAGUAUUGGGGAGUAUAUUUUAAAUAAAAUCACGAACGGUCGGUGCCACUGUAGCUACAAUCCUGGACAUAACUGGUUGAGACUACUCUUCCCCAGGGGCGGAUCCAGCUUAAAAUCUGACUGUAGCAUAAUCCUAAAAUUAGGAGGCACCACGAAUUCUUGGGGGUCUGGGGGCAUGCCCCCCCGGAAAAUUUUUGAAAUUUGAACCCCGGAAACGCCAUUUCCUGCAUUCUGAGCAUCGAAUUCUGUUCUAAAAUUUGACCUUAAUAAGAUCAAAUUUUAACCUUAAUAAUAACAGUGAAAUGUUUAAAUUAAACGACAUACCAAAUCUGCAUUCUUAAUUACUGUAUACAAAAGUUUAAGACUUGCCUUCCUCCCUACAUUAGUAUGUAAUUUAAUAUCAUACCGCACAUGUGUAACAUAUAGUGUAUAAACACAAUUACAAUCAAUGCAUAAAAUCAUUGGGCAGAACGAUAUAUAACGCAAACAGACACAUUUACAUACUGAAAGAAAACUUCGGAUUAAGGCCAUAUAAAAAAAAAUAGUUGGUUAGCGUCCUUAACUUCGGCCAAAAAGUGGGCGGGCGGGCGCUUUUUUUUUACUAAUUUUUAACGCCUUGGUUUUACUCACUGUUAGGUCCGAAACUGGAUUUUCUUGCGCAGUACAGAUAUUUUUUUAUAUAUUUCAAAAUAUAAUUCAUACCGUCAUUUUCGCACGCAAUUUCGCAAAUUAUUAACACAAUUGACUACAGUCAACAGAAAUACUACAUAUAUUAGAGCCCGUUGAUCAAUAAAAAUCGGGGUUUUUUAAAAUAAAAAAAUAUCCUGAGCGGGGCUUUUUUUGUGGGCGGGCGGGGACGCUAACCAACUAUUUUUUUUAUGUGGCCUAACAGAGAUUCAACCACCUAAAAAUACAAGCCAAACUUCGAGGUUUUGCUUGUAAUUUUCAGUUACGGUUGUUAUCAUUACCAGUAUGGAAAGUUUGUAUCGCGCGGCGGAGAUAUCGGCCGCGCAAUUUUGAUGCUUUCUAUAUAUUUGCUAUUAAAUUUUCGAAAUCUCCGGCGCGCAAUUUCCAAACACUAGCACGGAGCGUUUGAGAUUACAUUUAUAUACUGUUUAUCGCCGCAAAAAUCAUUAUUCAAUCAAUGAAACUUCUUAAUUAUAAACAAGGUACUGAAUAAUUACAAGUAGGACAUAAAAUAUUAUUGCUAUAUUCUAAUAUUCAUAAGCUUACCUGACCGUGGUUCAGCGAGCGCGCUCUUUUAGCGUUUCGAAUUGUAAUUUCGAAAAAGCACACACAAAUACCUCGCGAUAUUUCAAGCGAUCGGCCUUAACUUUGCUCCCGAUGGCAUCCUCACAUAGCGCUUUAGUCGACUUAGCUUUUCUUCGAAAGAAAUUGGCUCGUUAAUUUAAAAGCGCAAACAAAUAUAGCCAAAUAACAUCGCUCUAAAGUUCCUAUCGAAUUGCGCAACUGUGGCGGGCUGUAGCUGACUGUAGCGCAUUGCAGCACUGUGAUUGGUUUGCUUCAUCUGACUGUAGCAAAAAUGCUAAAUUUAGUAACUGGUCCCCCCGCUGACUGUAGCAUUUUGACGUCAUACCCCCAGUUGACUGUAGCAUUUUGACGUCAUAAAUCGCUAUAUUUAGACCAUUUGUCUGAACGCUUUUUGAACGAUGUUUAAAAAAUUUAAGUGAAUUCUCCUAAAAGCGGGCGCUGUUUCGGGUAAAAAUCAGGUUAAGAUAAGCGCGUAAAAACGUAACUUUAUACUUCUAGCUCACAAAAUACGUACGGACAUCUGGUCGAAGCUGCGGAGGUUAUUUUUUUUAAGAUAGAGAAACUGGAAAACUUCUAGAAAGAAUUUUUACUAUCACCACGUUCAGCAUCAAAAAUAUUUUUGCAGAAAAAUCUGACUGUAGCAUUUGCUACAGUUGCUACAGUCUGGAAAUUGGCUUAUUUUUAUGAUAAACUCCAUGCAUCUUGAAUCAUGUUGCCCUUCUUAAGUCCCCCGCUUCCACAACUCAAUGUUGAGCUUGUGUAAUGGUAUAUUACCAAAAGUUGUUGCGGUGUUGUUUACAACUUUGAACUUGGGGGAGGGGUAGACAAACUUUGAUUGUCAAUGUUCAAUAACUUUGUAAAUAACUUUGUAAUAUUGGCUGAAGUGAUCUCAGUCAAGGGUCCAAAAUUGUAGAAACGAUAACAGAAAGCUACGGUGUGAAGGGUACAUACGACUAUACCAGAAAAAUACAAACUUUUCGAGGGAAGCUAUAGGACCUGCGUUGGAAAUCUACUAACUUCGCUUCGAAGAGCCUUAAUUCGCUUGAGCCUUUCUUCUGAUCAUAUUUUUCAGGUAUAUCCUUGAUCGACACCGCAGCUUUCUUUAUAAUGUCACUAGUACUGUAUAUGUCGUAUAUCUACUCUACUGUAUCGAGUGAUUGCUUUUCAGGAAUUAUUCUAAGAAAAUUUCACAUUUUCCAGUAAUUUAAGAAAUCUCCACACAAUAAAACAAUGUCAAUGAUAUACUUCAUGGUGGUGCGUACGAUCAGUUCAUUUACAAAGUAUCUGCCCUCAAAAACAGAUUCUUUUCCUUUUUAAUAUUUCCUCAUUUUCUUGUUUUAAUUCCAAACUAAGAGCUGGUUUAUCUCAUGUAGUCUUACGUAUGAGUGCUGUGUUUAUGACAAUAUACAGGUAGUAAUGCUGUGUUAACGAAAAGUGGAAUAAAAUGCAUAACUAUGUGGAAAUAUCCACAUCGUCCACCGGGAGGAUACCUUUUUUCACCCCUCUACUUGGCAAAAAACUCUCUAUACUUUUAUAAUAAUAUGCAAUCAAUACAUUGUCACCGCGGUAAAAUUAUGGGUUUUGGAAACUUCAACGAAAUUUUGAAACAAAACCCAAUCAAAGUAACAAUAUUUCAGUACUCCUUUGUUAUUUGUCUAGUUGUGAUAAAGACCCAACGAUCACCCACCAUUCAAGCGGUUUGCAACAAUAUCACCAAUUUAGUAUCCAAGCUUUCAGAUUUCUGGUUGAUCACGAGUUUGUUUACAUCCAUUGUGACCUGCGACUAUGUAACAAAAAUAUCCAAGAUUCCGUUUGUACCCGAAGUACCACUUGUUCCAGCAGAAAACGUCGUGACGCGUCACCAUUGGAAACUACCGAACGCACCUUUCAACUUUCUAUUGGUCCUAUUAUGUAUCGGGAAAAGACAAAGGAGCAAAACGUAAAAACUGAUCAAGGACAAGGUUUGUCUAUUAUAAUUUGUGGGAUAAACCACAAUUAACCUAUUUUGGUAGCCUAUCUGACUGAAUUAAGUUAUUAGCAGCAGUUGACUCUUUGGAAGGGGAAGGGGAAGGAGAUGAAAGCCCAAUAAACUCUUGAGUGGACAAGAAAUAAUAUUUUGACAUGACGUAGCACGAGAGGGAGGAUUUAUUAGGAAUUGUAUAUUGUGUUGGUCCACGUCCGGGUCCAAUAACUGUUCCAAUAUGUUAACAAGUCCCUGUUUCACCACUCCCUUUGCCCGCUACGUCAUGCCAUUCGCAUUAUAGUGGUUAAAAGAAUUCGGGAGUUGGCGCAAGUCUAAAUACUCAAGAAACCUAUAGUUCCUGGUAAACGUUCACAACUUGAAAUUUUAAGUUUAUCAGGUCUUCAAUUUCAAACUAAAAAUACAGUGACAACAAUUUAAAUAUCAAAGAGAAGAGCAGUAGCCCAGAAUAUAUAUAUCCCUCCCUAGCAGGGUCUUAGCUAGAGGGCCGUGUUGGCCGUGUUAUCGCGGCCAAAAAUAGAAAAACACGGCUAGAUAAAAUGAACGCGGAUUAAUUAAUUAAAUAAGGCCGUGUAGGUUCAUAAAAUAAGGUGUUACUGCUUACAACAGACAGCAUUUCUUCCCAUUUUCGUUGUAAGAAAGUUUCUAAAAUCUACGGUAAUUGAUGAAAUUGGAAAAAGUGAUCUGUGAUGUUUUAAUGUUUUGAUGGAUAAUGGGAACCAUAUGGUAUUAUAUAAAAUGGUUUUAAAUACCCCCAAGAGUUGCUGAAAAAACUUAAUAUUUUAAUGUCAGUACGCAAUGUGAGCCUAGCCUUGUAUUUGGUUGCAAAGCCUACAACAGCCACAGGCAUUGUCUGUUGUUGGCGAGCAUAACUAGAAAUACGCACACCCAGGUCAUUUAGAAACACGCCCAAGAUCUAAAAUCCUAGCUAAGACCGUGCUCCCUAGGCAAUUAAUAGCCGAACAUAGAGAUGGAAAUCACGAAUUUGAAGGGACAAAAUGGUAUUACCAACUUGUUUCAAUAUAUAAUUUAGGGCCGCAAAGCGUUUGGAUUUUAGGCCAAUAUAUGAUUAGAUAUUUAGAUCCGUGCAAAACGGCAUCUUUCCUACAGCUGCGUACAUGGCAUUUUGUUUGCAUGUAAACUUUUAAGUGCAAAAACGCUAAACAAAGCAAUUGCAAUAAUACAUCAUGGUCAAAGUACCUAUUUGGUAGUCCGUCCUAUGUUUCAGUUUUCUUUUUUAAAGAGUUCGGUUAGUUUCUUCCCUGACUUUAGACGUAGUCUUUCCUUCUAAUGUCAACUUGUUUACCAUAUCAUUCUGCGUUCCAGUCUGCACUGAUGUGCUCGUAAUACCCGUUGUUAUAUUGACCGUGUUCAUUAUUUGUCUUUCUGCAUGUAAAUGUGAAACAAGUUUUUCGUUCAGACAAACUUCCAAGCCUUGAUAAAGGCAGCAGGUUUCCCAUGCAGACCAAAAAUUUCCUGCCAAUUUUUUUAUAAAUUUGAAUUUUGGUUGUAAUUCAAUUGUAAAUGUGUAUUUAAAAAUUAUUUGCCGAUGGCGAGAUGAUUAUCGGGGAAUAUUCGCCGAGACGAAGAUUUGACCAAUCAACAUGUAGGAUUUGUUAUGUUCACUUGUACAAAAAUACUAAACUACCUUAUUAAGUCAUAUACUAUACCUCAAUAUUAAGAAAAAUAUAGGUUUACUAUAGAAAUAAGGAACAUGAAGGAAUUCUAUGAAACAAUAUUUGAAUUUUGUUUUCAGAUUGUAAAUCUGAAUUUAUAUCAGUAUUCAUGCACUAUUCAAUAAUAGUAGUACGCCCUUGUUUUCCACAUAUAUCAUAAUCAUGAAUCAUGAUAACAGACAGUCGUAUAUAUAGCGCUGCCACAUGAUACAAAUUUUUAUGUUAUGAUUGUUGUAUUUAUGCUCUAAUUGUGACGUAUGUCACUUUCAUGCUGAUUUUCGAAAUUACUCGAGUUUCAAUCUUCAUAUCUUGCUUUUCCUUAAAAAUUUCCUGUCAGAUUAAAACAUUUCCUGGCAGCAUGCUGCCAUGCUGGCGGACUUUCUCAUGUCUUGCAAACUUCAUUCGUUGGGCACGUUAAAGGGUUCGUCGGAUAACUCGUCUGCAGCCGGAAAUAUAUAAAACGAGUCAGACGACAUUACCUUGCUAUGUAGACGAGUUUCCCGUCUCUAGUUAUAGUUUGGCUACUUUCUAAACUUAUACUACAUGCAUUGAAACAACCCACUUUGAUUUGUUUUAUACUUUACCUGUAGAGGAGGUUGCUGAAUCCGGUCCAAACACAAUCAUGAUAGUCAUACUGAUCUGCGUUGGGCUCAUAGUCGUCUUGUUGGCCGUAGCUGUUGUAUUUUUGGUCAAGCGUCGUGGAGCAAGCCAGUCGACAACUUCCCUUGAAGUGAUUCCCAUGGAAUACCCUGCUGACAAAAUGCUGGCGUUUGGCAACGGAUACGUGGCAGAAAAAUAGGAAUUGUUCACGUCUGACUUGGUCAAAACGAAAGUAUAAAAGUUUGGCCAAAGUUAAUGAAGAAAGAAGGAUGAAAAAAGAUUCAAUGAGACACAGCUCUGUAACAGCUUGUUCAUUAUUGUCGGUUUUUCGAUAUUUAUACUUAUAGGUAAUCAUUCAUAUCAUAUGUAAUCAUUCUUGUAAAGCCACAAUAUCAAUUUACAACCCUCAUGCAGGUUUGUAUAUUUUAAUAAAUUUAAUUGCUCAUAAACGAUAAAUCACAGCGUGGGAUUAUAUAUCACUAUAAAUAAGUAAUUAACAAUAUAACCAUACUAAGGGACGGACCAUUAGAAAAGUGAGGGGGGUGGGGACAUUUCCAACCUGUACGAUUAUUUUUUCAAAAUGUUUUGCUUGUGUCGAUAAUUUUUUUUUUAAAUCAUCCCUUGCUCGAAUUUUUUUUCAAAAAAGUGUUGGCGGGGCGGAGGCGGGGGAGAGGUUAACAUUUUUUCAGGACACUAAAAAAAGGGUCAAAAAAAAAUUUUCCGGACUAACAUCAGUUAAGUUAUUAAGGUGCAAAGCAAAAAAAAAUUUGCCCUCACAAAUUCUUGUUAAAACAUGCUUAAAACCCUUUUUUUUGCACCAAUAUCUUCAAUAUUUAGCUUUAGAAACUUUUUUCUCACACCCGAUUACUUAUAUCAUAAAACGUUUUAUUUUCCAAAUUUGGGGGCCCACCCUUACACAUUUUUUUUUUAAACUUCUUUCGUGCUCGAAUUUUUUUUCUGUUUCCCCUGCUCGAUUUUUAUUUUUGCUUUUGCCCCCCCCCCAUCACUUUUCUAAUGGUCCGCCCCUAUUAAACUGUGACAUUUGUGUAGUAAUGUGUUCAGUAAUAUGUGCUUGGCUAUCUGGGCUAUUAAUAGCUUUUAUCUUUCUAACAAUACAUGUAAUUUAUACCUAUUACAAAUGUGGUACAAUAAAUUUGUCAUUGACAUUCUCAAUGAGCAAUUCACAAUAGUUGAAUAAAAUUAUCCCUGACACGGGCCGUUUAUUAUACAUGGCAAGUGAAAACAAGUUCUGAGCUCUCAAAAUGUACCAGCUGGAACUAUUUAAGAGUUUUUAAUACUCGCUCAGGUACGUUUUCCGUCUUCGGCACUGUAUAUCACCCAUUGUUCAUAAAUUGCUGCUAAAGACAGUGUAUUGUAAAACGUAAUUUGUAAAAGAAUGCGAGCAUGUUGUAUAUAGCUACAUAUACGUAAUGUAUAUUUAAAAAAACUUAUUAAUAAUUCAUGAG